AUGGCGAACAAGCCCGACUCCCAUUUCGCAUGUAACUUGCUUGAACAACGCAUCCAGCUGUGCGACAACAUCCAGAACCUUAUGCUUUGGGCGACUGGCGUGAGCACUGUGAAGGAGGUCAAGCUGCGAGGCUAUGUCAACCAGUCCGCAGCCUCAUGGGCCGACUAUCCUUGGACUCUGCAGUGCAGAGUGUGCUCCCGAUUUGCAACCGAAGCCUUAACCGCUGCCUGCAACGAAGUGAAGUCGGGCACGGACGUGGCAGAGCAGCCAUCGAGUUUCAAGACAAAGCUCUCCGAGUUUACCCGCCACUUCACUUGGGACAACCCCUUGAGCGAUGGAGAGCUGGAUUACCAAUUUUGUGGCUCCGACCCAAUGAUGCAGCACCUGAUCGCUGGGCUGGUCCAGCGCUAUGACCAAGCUGAGAAUGACGACGUGACCCUGGACCUUGGAGAUGACUUCGACAUGGAAGACUCUGAGGCCAUGAAGGCAGUUAAGAGCGAUCUGCAGGAAGCUCGCAGUGGAUUUCUCGCGUGCUUCAUGUCUGACACAUGGCUUGCGGUGCUUGAACAGAUGGGCGACAAGAACGGCAUCGUCGCGGAGAUCUGUGGGCAGAUGGUGGGUGCACUGAGUUCUUGGGAGAGUGUAACCAAGCAUUGGCGGAAGAACGACCUGAAUGUGCUUGCAGAGGCAAUUGAUGAUGCGAUUGCCAUGGCAAGAUGCUUCCUGACAUUGCUGGGGGUGCCUCAGGUGGGAUCCUUUGAUGAUGCCGGCAGCCCCGCAGCCGCGGUGUUCGUCUUCAGCGAGUACAAGGGCCGGGACUUGUUCCGGCGUGCGAUUCGGGGAGUGUUGGCAAAGGAAAUUUGGGCCAAGGAGGUAGUCAAUCUGACGAAGACUGCCGGGAGUGCUGCUCUUCUGCGGCCGAAGUUGGCAAAGCUUUCGAAGCUGCUCGAGCAGGCCGUGAAUCCGAAGCCGGAGGACCUUGCUGGCUCAGCCUUCUUUGGUGUGCUCUCGGAGAUGAAGGAUCUGUUCGGCGAGCUGACGGGUGGCAUCCGGGAGAUGGAGCUGAGGCCUUUGAGGCAGAAGGGCGCGGCCGUUGCAACCAACGUGGCACAGGCCAUGAUGGAAUGCGACAAUGUGAAAUCGGAGCUCAUCCCGUGUGCCUUGCAGUUGCUCCGUGUCUUUGCAGAUGUCCCUGGGGUCGUGUCCGCCGAGCAGGAGUUUCAAGUUUGGGCAUCCAAAAGAAAGAGUCAGGUCGACUUCGACGGCUUCUUGCACGUGUUAUGCAACAUUAAUUCCCCAGACGACUUGGAUGUGAAGAAGCUGCACAGCCUUGUGCCCCAGUCGCCUCCCGUUUUGGAUGCCACCUCACAGUCGAAGAUGCGAGAGCUCAUCAGCAACUUCAUCCGUGUGUCGUUUGAUGAUUUGGUUCUCAAGGCCAGCUGCUGGGCAUUGCGAAAUGGAUUUGAAGUCCAAGCUGAUGUUAGGCUGCUGGACAGGACUGUAGAUUUCAGAGACAAGGGAAGACAAAUGGGAGCAUUUUACCAGUUUACCAUUGUCCGUCGCAUCACAUUGCAGGCAACUACGCUCGAAUCCGGAGAAGGUCACAUCGAUGCAGAGGAUGUCAAGCUGAUUGUGCAGGUGGUGAAUGCAUGUGUGGGUUGUGCUUUCAGUGGCGACCAAGGCGAAACGAUGUGCAAGUUUGUUGGCAACGUCUGCACUCUUCUCCAAGUGGCCCUCAAGUUUGCUGGGGGUGUGGCGAAGUUGCGUAGAAUGGACGACCGCGACAAGGCUGCCAACAAGCACGAGGGCCUGAUGAAAACAUUGAAGCUGCUCAUCGACCGCAUGAGGAGCAGCCAAGACGGGCUUGAACAGAUGAUAUCGCCCCUCCUCCCAGACUGCACUGACAAGUUUGGCUCAUCUACAGCACGCAUGUGUGAGUGGCCUCUGACUUUCGAGGAGAAGUUCAAGUACAAUGACAACGCGGUCUACAACAUGCGCAUCCUCGAUAUGGUCCGUGCCAUCUCAUCGACCUUGAAGGAUGGGGCUGCAAGCAUCAUCGAGCUGAGCCAUGGAUAUCAGAAGACAGGCCAGAAGUACUGGCGCGCAGGCCUUGAUGACUCCCCGGUCCCCACUCUGUUGGAGCCCCUCAAGACCAUCUUGAAGACAGUCGAUGGCAAGAAGCUGCGAGAUGAGUGCGGGGCCUUCAUGAAGGCCAUGGAGACUUGCGAGGAUAUCAUCACGAAGUUUGGCGGGGUUGGCCUCAGCUUGCAAGUCCACGAGGAGAUGGAGGGCUUGAAGAGCGAGUGCGACAGGAUUUCGCAAUCACAGGUGAAGUACUCCAAGCUGCUAGUCCUGGAGACUUUCCUAUUGAAUGCCGACAUGAAGCUCUCCUCGCUCAAGCCAGGUGCCGAUGGCAAUCUCGAUGAGGCUAGUUCGGUCACAUGUCGGAACAUGAAGGCGCUCAUCCUGGAGGAGCACACAUUCCUCUUCAAGAACAAGUUGGGCUUGAGUGAAGCUGAUGUCCACCAGGGAUUGCUUGCAGCAUGCAAGAAGCAUCUUGGGUAG